GUGUGAGUGCUGAAAAGGAUGCCAAGGCAAAGCAGGAGCUGCCAUCGAGUCACACCGCCCGAGUUGUACAUAGUCCGCCUAAAGCCAGCCAUGGCCACAGCAAGCGGCAGCGGUUGAAUGCUGGAGCCCAGGCCUUGGUUCGGGCGGAGAGAGAAGACGAUGGCCCUCCGCCGCCGCAGCAGGUUGCAGAAGCAUAUCGAGUGCUGGACCUGCCGCUGCGGGCCUCGCGGGCGGAGGUGCACCGGAAGAGCCGCGCCUUAGCGAGGAAGUGGCACCCGGACAAGGCGCUGCCUGACCAAAGAGUACGCGCCACACGGGUCUUCCGGCAACUGCAGGAUGCUAAGGGGGUGAUCCUUUCAUGGCUGCAGCAGCGGCAAGUGCCGCAGAUGGACGAGUCAGAUGAGUCACUGUGUUUCGAUAGCGAUGACUUUGACGAGGACAAUAGGCCCUCUGACAUUGUCUUCGGUGAGGCUGGUGAUGUCAUGGCCGAGUUCGAGGAGGAUUGCUCCCAAAGCGAGGAGGAGCGAGAGGAGCAGAAGGCAGCUUGCGUCUACCGGGCCAGGGGAGAUUCGCCGGAGACAACCACCAGCGACGAGGAGAGCGCCGACGCGAAGGCUGAGGCGGCGCUCGCUCUUCGGAGCCGCGGCAUCAUCCGCACGCAGGAUUCGGCGCUGGUGCAGGCGACCGCGCCGGGUGGGCCCAGUGCAGACCACACAUUUUCCCGCCGGGAUCAUGGAAUCACUGCCUAG